AUUUUGGUAUUUAAUGUCAUUUUCAUGUUUUGAUGUCUCUGGUUUUGAUUGAUAACAAAUACAAAGGCUAACGUAAUAACAAAUAAAUCUUAAGUUAUGAGUUGAUUCUCUGAUUAGAUAAAAAACUUACUGGAUUAAACUGUAUUAUUUGUAAAGAACAUUUUGUGUCACAGUCAGGUAUUAAAAGACGAAGCGUAGGUUCAAAGCGUAUACAUCAAAUUUGAAAUGUCUGUGCCAAAAUCUACAACAAAUUUGCUCCAACAACUUCGUCUCUCUAUGCAGAAUUCUUUAUAUGUUAAUAAACCCGUUCAGGCUUAUAUAAUACCAUCUGUUGAUGCUCAUAACAGUGAAUAUUUAGCAGAAUGUGACAAACUUAGGGGCUUUAUAUCAGGUUUUAAUGGAUCUGCUGGAACUGCAAUUGUUACUAACAAUGCAGCAUGUUUGUGGACAGAUGGGCGAUAUUAUUUACAAGCUACUGAGCAAAUGGAUUCCAAUUGGACAUUAAUGAAAGAAGGUGAUCCGAAUACUUUAAAACAAGGUCAAUGGCUAGUCAAAAACUUACCGACUGGAUCUCACAUUGGUGUUGAUCCUAAGCUUAUUACAACAGAAACAUUUGUACCUUUACAGAAGGAGUUGGAACUUGUUGGUCAUAAACUAAUUCCUGUUAAACAAAAUUUAAUUGAAUUACUUUGGAGUAAUAGACCCAAGCGUCCACUAAAUCCAGUUAAACCAUUGCCUUUGGAGUUCUCCGGUAAAGCUGUGGGAGAUAAGAUAACCGAAGUUAUUAAAGCAAUGAAGGAUUCGAGAGUUGAUUUUUUUGUAAUAACUGCUCUAGAUGAAAUUGCUUGGCUUUUAAAUUUAAGAGGAUCAGAUAUUGAUUUUAAUCCAGUGUUUUUUGCAUAUGUUAUUAUAUCUUCCAGUGGCUCAUUUACUCUUUUCAUUGAUCCGAGACAAGCGACCGAUGAAGUAAAAGAACAUUUAAAAUCUGAAGCUGGAGAUGUGUUUAAAAUUGAACCAUAUUCUCGUAUAGAGGAAGUGCUUAAUGAGAUCUGUUUAGGUUUGGAUGGGUUUGUUUGGUUUAGCGAAUCAUCAAGUUAUGCCCUUACCAGUAUUAUUCCAAAGAAGCAUCUUCAUUUAACAGAUACUACUCCAGUUCAGUUAAUGAAAGCAAUUAAAAAUGAAGUAGAAGUUAAAGGUAUGAGAAAUGCACAUAUUAAGGAUGCUGCUGCCUUAUGUUGUUAUUUUUCAUGGUUAGAAGCAAAUGUAGAGAAUGGAGAUAUUACUGAAGUUAGCGGUGCUAAUAAGUUACACGAGUUCCGAAGCCAACAAAAAGAUUUUAUGGGAGAUAGUUUUGAAACUAUCAGUUCUGUAGGCCCUCAUGGAGCAAUUAUUCAUUAUCAACCUGAUGAAACAACGGAUGUACCUAUAACAAGAAAUUCCUUAUAUUUAUGUGAUUCAGGUGCACAAUAUAGAGAUGGUACUACAGAUGUUACUAGAACUUUUCAUUUUGGUACUCCUACUGAAUAUGAGAAAGAGUGCUAUACAAGGGUAUUAAAAGGUCAACUACAAUUAGCAUCUCGUAUUUUUCCAACAAAAAUCAAAGGAAACCAUUUAGACUCUUUUGCUAGAGAGUAUUUGUGGGACGUUGGGUUGGAUUAUGCUCAUGGGACAGGUCAUGGUAUUGGACAUUAUUUAAAUGUUCACGAGGGGCCCAUGGGAAUUUCCUGGAGACCAAUUAAUACUGAUCCAGGUUUACAAGCUAAUAUGUUUCUCUCCAAUGAGCCAGGGUAUUAUGAAGAUGGCAAGUUUGGAAUUCGAAUUGAAGAUAUUGUUCAAAUCGUUCCUGCUAAUCCUCCACAUAAUUUUAACAAUAGAGGAUUUUUGGGAUUUGAGACUAUAACUUUGCUACCUAAGAGUUUGAAUUUAAUUGAUGUAAAUAUGCUGACUAAUGAUGAAAUUAAACAAUUAAAUCAGUAUCAUCAACAAUGUAGAGAUAUUGUGGGAUCCAUUUUAGAAACAAGUGGACAACUUGAUGCUAAGAAGUGGUUAUGGAAAGAAACAGAACCCAUAUCACGAUAAAAUAAUACAUAUUAAAGAUGGGAGACAUUUAGAUAUGAUAUAUUUAUUCAAAAUGAAUUUUAUUUAAAAGCUAUACUUCAAAAAUGUAUUUUUGUAUAUGUAAUUAAACGAGAAAAUUGAUGAUAAUGGAAAAUAUAUUAAAACACAAUUUAAUAGUAAUAUAUUUAUUGGUCUUAAUCCAGUUUGAUUUUUGCUAAUACAAAACAAAAUAAAUAAAUGAAAUAUGUCAAUCUGUU